GUGAUAAAGAAGACUUUAGCUUCCUCCAGCUCACCUACUAAAUGGCCAAGCUCAUCUAGACACUCCUGAAUUAUGGAAUUCAAGAUGCAAUGAAGCAGGUAAUGUGAGAUGGUAGAAUUCACUUACCUGAGGACUCAAGCUAAUGGCCUUUUUCCAAGAUGAACUGCAAUGCACCUCACAGCAUCUGGAAUGUGGUAUCAGCACAGGAAAUGAGUUACUUCCACAGCAUUUUGUUCAUAAGAAAUGCACCUUUCAAACUGGAAGACAGCUUUAGCUGUUGGAAAAUAAAUGGGCUUUUUACAAAAAUGAUGAAAUGAUAAGAAAAUUCAAACUCUCCAUGAAGUUUCACAGUGUAUAGGAAACAUGGGGAGAGGAAAUGAGACUUCUGUAGAUGGUUUUACCCUCCUUGGACUCUUCCCAGAAAUGAGACAUGCUGGCUUUCUCAUCUGCACCAUUCUCCUUGUCUAUGCUGUUGCCAUCACAGGAAACACCACCCUCAUCCUCCUCAUCUCUCUGGAUCCCCAGCUCCACAGCCCCAUGUACUUCCUGCUCAGCCAGCUCUCCCUCAUGGACAUCUCCCUCAUCUCCACAACUGUCCCCAAGAUGCUAGCCAACUAUUUCUCAGGGACAUCAGCUAUAUCAUACAUUGGCUGUGUGACUCAGGUCUAUUUAUAUUCCUCCCUUACAGGCAGUGAGUGCAUUCUGCUCACACUGAUGGCCUAUGAUAGAUACAUGGCUAUUUGUAAUCCUUUAAGAUAUGUGGUUAUUAUAAAUUCUGAGACUUGCCUGCAGAUGUCCAUUAUGUCUUGGUUAGGGGGAGCACUAAAUGGCUUAGUGCAAACUUUCUUUACAAUGCACUUUCCCAGAUGUGGCUCAAAAGAAAUCCACCAUUUCUUCUGUGAGCUAGAAGCAGUCCUCAAGCUCUCAUGUGAGGACACUUCAACCUAUGAGACAGUUGUGUUUCUAUCUGGAAUCAUAUUGAUCCUUAUUCCCUUCAGCCUUAUUCUGACCUCCUACAUUUUUAUCUUCCUCACUGUUUUCCACUUAAAUUCUACCAAGGCAAGGCAUAAAACUCUUGCUACCUGCUCUUCCCAUCUACUGGUGGUGCUUUUCUACUUUGGUCCUACUAUGUUGAUUUACAUGACUCCCAGAUCCUUGCACACCACAGGGCAGGAGCAGGGUCUCUCUGUCUUCUACACCAUCCUCACCCCCAUGCUGAACCCCCUCAUAUACAGCCUAAGGAACAAGGAUGUAAGAGAGGCUCUGAGGAAAGUUCUGAGAAAAGUCUAGUUCUAAAUAGGAUCAUAACAUUCA